UCCUCCCAGCCCAGUGAAGCCUCCGUCUUGUAAAGUCAAUUUAAUACUUGAAUUAGUAAAAACUUCACUCUCUCAAAACUUUCAGUACAUUUUCACGACAACACGUCUAUGUCGUAGUUUUUGCUGAAAUUCGGCUAUGAAGAUUUUAUUUCCCCUGCACAGAAGUACCGUUUCUUUCCGGUUGAUUUGUGAAGUGGGAGCAGCUCUCUGACGGAGGGCAGCGGCGCCAAAUGUGCGUGUGACAAGGUGAGGAUGCUGGGUGGAUUCACACACACCAGGUAGGACACUAUGUCGGUCUCCUGUUACCUCUAAAAGUGUGUUUGAGGAGAACUUACUAGAACGACGAUAGGACAAAGGUACAUGGGGUUUGACAUAUCUCUGAAUUCUGGCUUGAGAGGACAGGAAGGAUAAAACAAAAAUAGGGAAGUAAGCGGGGGAGUACGUUGCCUCUCUCUAGUUUCCUUUCCAUUACCAUGAGUUGGAGUUUCCUGACUCGCCUGCUGGAAGAAAUCCACAACCAUUCAACAUUCGUGGGCAAGAUCUGGCUCACAGUCCUGAUAGUUUUCCGCAUCGUGCUAACGGCCGUGGGUGGGGAGUCCAUCUACUACGAUGAGCAGAGCAAGUUUGUUUGCAACUCGGGCCAGCCGGGCUGCGAGAACGUCUGCUACGACGCCUUCGCUCCACUCUCACACGUCCGCUUCUGGGUGUUCCAAAUCAUCCUGGUGGCCACGCCUUCCCUCAUGUACCUGGGCUACGCUGUCAACAAAAUUGCCCGGGCAGAGGAGCAGUGCGAAAAUGGGGGAGUGAGUGGAUUGUCGCGGAGGAAGACCAAGAAGCCCUACCUUGCUGGCAGAAAGCAGCACAGGGGCAUCGAAGAGGCCGAGGAUGACCAAGAGGAAGACCCGAUGAUCUACGAAAUGGCCGAGGUUGAGAGUGACGGUGAUGGAGCAGCGAAAGGAGACAGUGGUGAUAAAAAUGCAAAGGUCAAGGUGCGCCAUGAUGGCCGCCAGCGUAUCAAAGAGGAUGGACUGAUGCGUAUUUAUGUCCUUCAGCUCUUGACGCGCUGCGUGCUGGAGGUGUUGUUCCUGUGUGGACAGUAUGUCCUGUAUGGAUUUGCUGUUCCCGCCUCCUACGUGUGCUCUGACGACCCCUGCCCUCACAAAGUGGACUGCUUUGUAUCCCGGCCCACUGAGAAAACUAUCUUCCUCCUCAUCAUGUACACAGUCUCCCUGCUCUGCCUGGCACUCAAUGUCUGGGAGAUGCUUCACCUGGGCGUCGGUACCAUCUGUGACAUCGUGCGCUCUCACCGGGUGCGCCUACCAGAGGAAGGGCUGUACGGGCUUACGCGUGAACAAGGAGCUCUUAAUGAGGCACGAUUGAGUGGAGACGAUUACAGCAGCUACCCUUUUUCUUGGAACGCACCAUCAGCUCCGCCUGGGUACAACAUCGCCAUCAAGCCUCUCCUGGUAUCUACAGGGCACCACGACCAGCCACUUCCCAUUACUGAUCUCAAUAAUGCUAAGAUGACAUGCAGGCAAAACCACGUGAACAUUGCCCAAGAGGAGCGCCAGCAGUACACUAAUAAUGAAGAGAACCUGUGCAGAGGAGGGAUGGGAGAUGCUUCCAGAGUUCUUAAGGACAUCCAUCAUCCUCAGAACCAGCUGGAGGCCUACAGCCAGCCACAGAGCCACACUAACAACCACAGCAAGCCUCACCGUGAGCGGAAACACAGACAGGCCUCCAAACACACCGCAAGCAAGUCAAACAGGGCCGGAGGCAGCAGCACCAGCAGUAGCAGCAAAUAUGGAGUCAUAAAGGGCUCUGAGUGGAUCUGAAAUUCACACUACAGAUUUGUGUUUUCGUUAUUCUUAAAAAUGCAAAUCCUGAUGCAGGAAGACGUUGGUGCUUUCUUUAAUUCCCUGUGAAUAUGCAGAGGCUGCAAUGCUGUAACCUAAGGUGCCUUAGUUAAACACAAAAUGUCCUCAUCACUAUGGACUGAAAACAGUCCUACUGUCUUUGUGAGUCUUUUUUGAUUACCAUCCAGGUUACACUUUAAAAAGUAUUGUUUUUUUCUGAGUAUGCAAUAUUAUAUGCACGGUUUGAUUCAUUGUUUUUCCGAGCCAUGAAGAUAAACAAGAGGGUAUGUUUUCAUUUAAUAAUUUUACAGUAUUUCCAUGUAUUCUUUGAAGAGCCAAAUUAAGUUCAGUAACGUUUUAAAAGUUUUUGAAAUGUAUCAUUCAAUGAAAAUGUUUGGUAAAGUUUAAUGACCUAACUGUUCAAACUGUUGUCAUUGUUUUAGUGCCAAGCUGUUUUUUUGUUUGUUUCACCUUUAUGCUUUAAAGAUUUCUGCAUCAUUAAUGUUUAAUUAACAUAACAAACCAUAACCAGUGUAUCUGGCCUGUUGUUCUUUUUUCCCGGCCUGGUAUAAUGCAUUUGCUGUCAUUAAUAAUUACCUUAAUUUGCAGAUUUUCAAAUUGAAAUGUCAUUAAGGCUAGUCCUUUGCACUGUGCCAGUGUUUUGUGAAAAUAUAUUUUUAUGGUAAAAAAGUGCAUGGUUUUAAUAAAGAAUUGUUUUUUUUCA